AUGGCCGGGGCCAUCGCUUCCCGCAUGAGCUUCAGCUCGCUCAAGAGGAAGCAGCCCAAGACGUUCACCGUGCGGAUCGUCACCAUGGACGCCGAGAUGGAGUUCAAUUGCGAGAUGAAGUGGAAGGGGAAGGACCUGUUUGACCUGGUGUGCCGGACGCUGGGGCUGCGGGAGACCUGGUUCUUUGGGCUGCAGUACACCAUCAAGGACACCGUGGCCUGGCUCAAAACCGACAAGAAGGUGCUGGAUCACGAUGUCUCCAAGGAGGAGCCGGUCACCUUUCACUUCCUGGCCAAGUUCUACCCCGAGAACGCCGAGGAGGAGCUGGUGCAGGAGAUCACGCAGCAUCUGUUCUUCCUGCAGGUGAAGAAGCAGAUCUUGGAUGAGAAGAUCUACUGCCCGCCCGAGGCCUCUGUGCUGCUGGCUUCCUACGCCGUCCAGGCCAAGUACGGCGACUACGACCCCUCUGUGCACAAGCGGGGAUUUCUGGCCCAAGAGGAAUUGCUUCCGAAAAGGGUAAUAAAUCUGUAUCAGAUGACUCCAGAAAUGUGGGAGGAGCGGAUCACAGCCUGGUACGCGGAGCACCGAGGCCGGGCCAGGGACGAGGCGGAGAUGGAGUAUUUGAAGAUCGCGCAGGACCUGGAGAUGUAUGGCGUGAACUACUUCGCCAUCCGGAACAAGAAGGGCACGGAGCUGCUGCUCGGCGUGGAUGCGCUGGGGCUUCACAUCUACGACCCCGAGAACAGGCUGACCCCCAAGAUCUCCUUCCCGUGGAACGAGAUCCGAAACAUCUCCUACAGCGACAAGGAGUUUACCAUCAAACCGUUGGAUAAGAAAAUCGACGUCUUUAAGUUUAACUCCUCAAAGCUCCGUGUUAAUAAGCUGAUCCUGCAGCUGUGCAUUGGGAACCAUGACCUCUUCAUGAGGAGGAGGAAGGCCGACUCUUUGGAAGUCCAGCAGAUGAAAGCCCAGGCCCGGGAGGAGAAAGCCAGGAAGCAGAUGGAGCGGCAGCGCCUCGCCCGGGAGAAGCAGAUGCGGGAGGAGGCCGAGCGCACCCGGGACGAGCUGGAGCGGCGGCUGCUGCAGAUGAAGGAGGAAGCGACCAUGGCCAACGAGGCGCUGAUGCGGUCGGAGGAGACGGCCGACCUGCUGGCGGAGAAGGCCCAGAUCACCGAGGAGGAGGCGAAGCUGCUGGCGCAGAAGGCUGCCGAGGCCGAGCAGGAGAUGCAGCGCAUCAAGGCCACGGCCAUCCGGACGGAGGAGGAGAAGCGGGUGAUGGAGCAGAAGGUGCUGGAGGCUGAGGUGCUGGCACUGAAGAUGGCCGAGGAGUCCGAGAGGAGGGCCAAGGAGGCCGAUCAGCUGAAGCAGGACCUGCAGGAGGCCCGCGAGGCGGAGCGAAGAGCCAAGCAAAAGCUCCAGGAAAUCACCAAGCCCAUGUACCCGCCCAUCAACCCGCUUCCAGCGCCACUGCCUCCUGACAUGUCAAGCUUCAGCCUCAUCGGUGACAGCCUGUCUUUCGACUUCAAGGAUACUGACAUGAAGCGGCUUUCCAUGGAAAUAGAGAAAGAAAAAGUGGAGUACAUGGAGAAGAGCAAGCACCUGCAGGAGCAGCUCAACGAGCUCAAGACCGAGAUCGAGGCCCUGAAACUCAAAGAGAGGGAGACGGCCCUGGACAUCCUGCACAACGAGAACGCCGACCGCGGCGGCACCAGCAGCAAGCACAACACCAUCAAGAAGCUCACCCUGCAGAGCGCCAAGUCCCGCGUGGCCUUCUUCGAGGAACUCUAG